AAAAGGAGUCGUUAUAUUGAUAUUUAGAAAUCAAAUAUUUAAUCUAAAAUAAGGGAUUACCAUAACAUUGGUGUUAUUGCAGGAGAGGGACUCUUCUAAUUCAUUGAAUUUCCUAUUUCUCUUCAUCCAUCUAUCUAAGCAUUCGGAGAUCAUUAAAAUCUGCAUGUUUGCCGCAAUCGCCCUUCUUCCUCUGAUCUCGAUCACCUCUCUCCAUUCCCAUCCAUCUCCGAUCGAUCCCACGCCAUUUUAUGGUUUCUUAACUUCUUCUUCGUCUCCUUUUUCAAUAUUUCUUAAACAAAAAUGGCAUAUAGAUCAGACGAGGAUUACGACUAUUUGUUCAAAGUGGUGCUCAUAGGAGACUCCGGCGUCGGAAAAUCAAACUUGUUGUCGCGUUUCACCAAAAAUGAAUUCAGCGCAGAGUCUAAAUCUACCAUCGGCGUCGAAUUCGCCACCCGAACCAUCCAGGUCGACGAUAAAGUCAUCAAGGCCCAGAUUUGGGACACCGCUGGCCAAGAAAGGUACCGUGCAAUCACGAGCGCGUAUUAUCGAGGAGCGGUGGGGGCGCUGCUGGUGUACGAUAUAACUCGGAACGUAACGUUCGAGAACGUGCAGCGGUGGCUGAAGGAGCUCCGGGACCACACCGAUCAGAACAUCGUGGUGAUGCUGGUGGGGAACAAGUCGGAUCUCCGCCAUCUGCGGGCGGUGCCGACGGACGACGCGGGGUCGUUCGCGGAGAGGGAGAACACGUUCUUCGUGGAGACCUCGGCGCUGGAGGCGUUGAACGUGGAGAGCGCAUUCACGGAAGUGCUGACUCAGAUCUACCGGGUGGUUAGCAAGAGGUCGCUCGACGCCGGCGACGACCCGUCGGCGCUGCCCAAGGGGCAGACUAUCAACAUUGGGAACAGGGACGAUGUGUCCGCUGUGAAGAAAGCUGGGUGCUGUUCUGGAUAAAAAUGUAACUUCCGUUUUCUUUUUUUCUUAUUAAACAAAAAAAAAAAUUGCCUAGAAUUCGACUCUUCUAUCCUCACAUGUACACUAAAAUC